AGUACGAAUCACCUGUAGACGCCUUUAGUAUGUGAUUGAAUAAAGGAAGGUUUCUCGAAUGAUGCUCAUUGAAUUAGUUCUGAAAACGUGAUGGGACAAAUGAAUUCGUUCAGUGCGAAGUGUUGUGAAAGGCUGAUCUUUACGUGAAGACGCGAAAGGACAAACGCCUCAUUCCAACAUUUACCACUAGAAUAGGUCGAGAUCCAGACCGAGGCGUUGAGACACCAACAAAUGAACAUUUCAAAGUUAAAUUAUAUAGCCAUCAAAGUGCCAUAGUUUAGAACGAACUCGAACUCAAGUGCAAUACGCGUGCAAGUGAACUUUCUGUGAUAAAAAAACCUUCUGUUGCCAUAAUGACAAGAAGAACGGUGGAAGAAUCGACUAAUGCUCAAAUCGAGACAGAAUCGCCGAUGAUGUCUCCCUUACCCCCUCAGGCAUCGCCGGCCAACCGAUCGCCAUUGACUGAAAGCCCACAGUCGCCAGCAAUGCUUGCCACCAUGACGCCAGUGAAUGUCAUGGAGCUCAAAAAGGAAAUCGAUGAAAAAAGUGCCAUGGGAAACGGUAGUCUAUACGCUCAGGUCAAAACCGAAGUUAUGUACGAUAAGGAUGAAGAACUCUAUGCUCACCAUCAUGCCAUUCAUGAUAAGAACGAUACUCCAAUAGACCUCAUUUACGAAGAUGGAAACAAGACUGUCAUCUAUACCACCGCGCCUGAUCAGAAGGGUAUAGAGAUCUACUCGGCUGAUAACUCUGGGGAGAUCACCAUCAACAAUCUCAGCGCCCAUCAGAUCCAAGGGCAGCAUCAGAUCGCCGAUGUGUUGAUAGAGGGGAAUGCUCAGGGAUUAGUUGGAAGUGGCUCAGAUUCAUCCAAUACACCCCCUGGAACUGUUACUGUUACCGGUUUACUGCAGUAUCCCCAGUCCCAGGUUCCUGCUACAACUGUUCUUGUACUGUCUGAGCUGGUUGAGGACAUGGGAGCAGUUCCUGUAGUUGGAUUAAGAAAACGGAAGGAACACCUAGAUUCCAACGUUUCGGGAGCCCAGCCAUCGGCAGGGGAAUUGACAGUGGUGGGACAACGUGGUAUGGCAGAAGUUCCUGAGGGGGCAGCGCCUCCAUCAGACGACCACCAGACUUGGAGGGCAUACUACGAACAUCCCCUAACCGCAGCCACCACCGCCAUGCUUAACAUAAACGGUGGCGCCGAGGAGAAUUCCCCCACCAUGGGCUUCAUUUAUGAAUACUACAAAUUGCCGGACGCUAAAGAGAAACUUGAGAAUAUCUGGCCAGCGAGUUCCCAAGCUGGUAGCAUCUUGACAUCGCAACUGAAAGCAACCAAUGGUUUAGUAAGUGGGACGGGCUUAGAACUAGCGACCACGCCUAUGAGUACCGGGAGUCAACUGAGCUCGCAAGAAUUGCAAGGUUUAUUCCUGAACAAUCAACACAUCUAUGCACAACCGUCGCCUACCGGACAGAACCUGCAAAUUGUCAAACGCGAACCCGAGGACCUCAGCCAUCACCGAAAACUUGACAGUAGCUCGCCAGGCUCGUCCAGUCUCGACAGUUCGAUCAUAGUGACCAAGCAGCCCCGCCACAAGGUCGUGCUGGUGUCAUCGACAGGCAGCCACCAGGGAGAUGUUAUAGUGGACGUGAAUUCGAUCAAAGACGAGUCCCAUCGCGGCCUCAGUUCGCCUCAGCACGGUUCGCGUUCGGUGAACGGCACCCCAACAUCGACCCACAGCAGCCUCCUGGCCGACGGUUCCAGCACCGGGCCCAUCGAGUUCAUACAUUCGGAUGGCCUCAAGCCGGCUAUGUAUACCACGCAAAUUUUCGCGCCCAUGAACGCCACCCACAGCGGCAGCGGCACCCCGUCACCGAUACCCUAUUCCGAGCAGUACGGCCAGAGCCUCGUCGGCACGUCCAGUUCCUACAGUGUACCACGUCCGGCCAGUUCGACCGCCUUCUCCUCCUCGGACCCCUAUUACCGUUACAACGAUUACACCACCGUCACGUCGGGCGCCGUCACCCCCGAACCCAUCUACUCCUCGCAGCUGAGGCAGUCUCAGCUCGGCUACGCGGACGACACGUCCGGCGGCGCGACGCCCAGUUUUAUCGAACGUUACGUGCGACAAUCGUACCAUGGGAAGAGCGUCAUCGCGACGACGGCUGCAGGACUCACCGUCGACCUACCGAGCCCCGACAGCGGCAUCGGGCAGGACGCGGUCACGCCACGUGACCAAAACAACAUUCAUCAGUCGUUCGACUACACGGACCUAUGCCAAACGAACUCCUCUCUGCUGGACCCGCUGUCCCUCUCCCAAAGGAGCAGCAACUCGAAUUCGCCAGGGAACCAAGCGACGAGUAGGAGCAGGCCUUGGCACGACUUCGGAAGGCAGAACGACGCCGACAAAAUCCAGAUUCCCAAAGUAUUCUCUCCAGUCGGCUUCAAAUAUCAUCUAGAAACCCCGAUAUCCACAUCACAAAGACGAGAAGAUGACAGGAUCACUUACAUCAAUAAAGGUCAAUUUUACGGCAUAACACUAGAAUAUAUUCCAGACCCGGAUAAACAGCUGAAGUCACAAACUGUAAAGAGUAUCGUAAUGCUGAUGUUCAGAGAAGAAAAAAGUCCCGAUGAUGAGAUUAAAGCCUGGCAGUUUUGGCAUGGCAGGCAACAUUCGGUGAAACAACGUAUCCUCGAUGCUGACACGAAGAAUAGCGUAGGUCUAGUUGGAUGUAUAGAGGAAGUAGCACACAAUGCCAUUGCUAUCUAUUGGAACCCGCUGGAAAGUUCGGCUAAGAUCAACAUUGCCGUGCAAUGUCUGAGCACGGAUUUCAGUAGUCAGAAGGGAGUGAAAGGUCUUCCGUUACACCUUCAGAUCGAUACGUACGAAGACCCUAGAGAUACACAAAUUUAUCAUAGGGGCUAUUGCCAAAUCAAAGUGUUUUGUGAUAAGGGCGCCGAAAGGAAAACGCGGGAUGAAGAGAGGAGGGCGGCCAAGAGAAAAAUGACGGCGACAGGCCGAAAGAAGCUGGACGAACUGUACCAUCCGAUGUGCGAGAGAUCCGAGUUCUACAGCAUGAGCGAUUUGAACAAACCUCCAGUCCUAUUCUCCCCCGCCGAAGAUCUCGAUAAGCUCACGACCAUGGAGCUUCAGGGUUUCUACCCGCACGACGCGGAGGGUUCCCUGGGCGGUCCGGUGGACCACGUCAAGGCCGGUUCGCCCUUCCUGCUGCACCCCGCUGUCAAACCGCCGACCACGCCGACGUUGAAGUUCCACAACCAUUUCCCGCCGGAGGCUGACAAGAAGGACAGCCUGCUGGACAACAGCAUGACGACGGACGGGAACGUGUUCCAGCCGCCGAUCAAACGCGUGAAGAUGUCCGCAGGGGGACCGGGGAACGUCGGCCCGCCGCCCCUGCACGAGAGGGUGAUGCUGUACGUCAGGCAGGAGAACGAGGACGUCUACACGCCGUUACACGUGGUGCCGCCGACGACGCAAGGCCUUCUCAACGCUAUUGAGAAUAAGUACAAAAUUAGCGCUUCGAGCAUAAAUAACUUGUAUCGCAAAAACAAAAAAGGCAUUAUAGCCAAGAUUGAUGACGAUAUGGUUUCGUAUUACUGCAACGAGGAUCUCUUCUUGUUAGAAUUGAAAGCAGUAGACGAAGACCUGUUCGACAUAACUUUCAUUGAAUAUACGGACCAAUGAAGACUUGCCAUAUCUCUUAUAUUUGUAAUUUUACGAAUCAGUUUUAUAUUAUAUUGAUCUGUUGUGAUUGUUUUAUAUUAUUAUGUAUUAUGAAGAGCGAAAAGUUCACUGUAGAAAUUUAUAUUUGUUUAUAGUUGGUAGAUAUGUUGAAAGUGUCUUUUCUAUCAUUUUAAUACGAUUUAAGUUAUUGUUAGCCAUUUUUUGUUUUUUUUUUAUAGAUUCAUAUCAUCAGAUAAUAAUUUGUAAAAUAUUAAAGUGAUCAUAAAUGCUAUGGUUAGCAUCAGGAAACGCUUGAAACAAAUAAUAUUUGUUGCACUUUGAGGUUCUGCAACGGAGUAAUGUUUUUUCACAAUUUCUCGAAUUGGUCACUAUUGAUCUCAAAAUUACUUUAUGUAAAUGAUCUGAACUCGUGACAUGUACAGACUAUUAGCUGAUUAUAUAGUUAUUAUAUAAUAGGAGACGGGGAGGAUAUUUCAAAUGUAAAUAGCUUUUUAAUACAUACGUGUAAAUAGUAACUAAGCCAUGACAGAAGAAAAAUAAACACGUCGUUACUUUGUGAUAAACCCUUCUGCGCGUUAUCGCGUGGAGCCUCUUAUUUUAGAGAUCUAAAAGUUUGUUGCUCAGUUGAAUUUCUAAAGUUAAUUCGCUAAAUUUAUAGUUUCUCUUUGUUGGUGUUUCAGAUAAAACUUACGAUAUUCAAAUAUCGUUAUAGAUAUAUAUUUUUUGGGUGAAUCCGUGAUAUUUGCUUUAAGAAAAAUUUUAAUUGGAAAAGAAAAGUUAAAAUCCGCACUUAUAGCUUCAAUUUCAAUUCCGUUUUUUCAACAGCGAAAAAUAAAAAAAUCAAAAACGUACCUGACUUAACGCUUUAUAAUUAAUUCGCUUUUUGGGGUCUCUAUUUGAAUGGUUUGUCCAAAUCGAAACAUUCCGAGGUACAUUUUUCGAAGUGGGAAAAUUGAAUGAAGUUUUUUAUGAAGAAGGUACUGAACUGACGUUUCAUUGUUUUGUAUAUUAUUAAUUUAUUUUACACAGCUCGAGAAGUUGUGUAAUAUUUUGAUUGAUAUUAGAGUAGAAUAAGUUAAAAUAGCUCUCUGUAUCCAUCAUCUUUUUUUCUAGUUAUAUCGAACAGAUGCAACAGAUAUUAUAUAUACAUAUAUAUAAAUAUAUAUAUACGUAAGAAUCAUCUAAAAAAAGUUGAUUUCAUAAUUCGACAUUGUUGUGAAUCAAUAUUACUUAUAAUCGCAAUAUUAUAUUAUGUAAGGUUUUUUUUUUAUAAAUGUAUGAUUAUCUUUUAAGUAAAAACUGAAUUUUUC